UCUUUGCAACGGUAAUUACUAUUAUUUAUGACGUUAGCUGGUCCUCAACGUCAAUUUUUUUCACCGAUUCUGAAUUGACUUUUGCCAACGCACGAACUCCGUAGUCUACGUUUCCAUGACAACUGGUCGCAGGUCAGCGAUUGAUUCCCGCCUCGCAGGCAGUCACAGACUUCGCAGGUGGCCUCUUAUCCCUUCUAUAACAUGAGUCGAGGAGAUCUCAUCUUGGCUCAACUCUCGCAAUUUAUAUCCGAUAGCCUCCAAUCGACAGAUGAUGUCAGAAAUAUUCUACAAUCCCAAUGCGCCGAAGCUAGAUUUGCUCUGGCUCCGUGGCCGCUGGAAACGAUUGAGAGAAGAGAACUCGAUAUUGACUCUUGCACAUGUAUUAGGAGAGUUACCUCCGAGGAGCAUGCCAAUGACAUAGCUAAUGGAAUCGAAAGAGCUGUGGCACAAGCUCGACAAUUCAGAGAAAAACUAGCUGUAAAUAUCUUGGAGGAAAAGAAGCUGGCCCGAAAACCGAAUGUACAGCAAAUAUAUGCUUCUGGGCUUGGAAAAAUCAAAAGUAAUGCCGCACUAGUUGAAUCAAAAAAAGGAAAAAAAAACGGUUGUAUCAAAACUUCGAUGGACAAGCCAGUUGUCAAAAAAGCCGAAUCUCACAGACUUGAGCAUUUUUCACAGAAAUCUAAUUCUAGUCUGAAAAAAAAAUCGUCACUCAAAUUAGAAGCUGGAAAUGAUGAGACAUGGAAUAAGACAACACAGUUCAAUGCAGUUAGAUCAAAAAGCUGUGGAAGGGAGAAGAAAUCAGAGAUAGAAAUACAUCAGGCUUCUUUUAGCAGGAAAAAAAUUAUUGGACCUAAAAAGAUUACUGACAAAAAGUUAACAAGUGCUUCUCCGUAUAAUACAUUAGCUUCAGCUGCUAUAUCAGAUCGAAAAACCAAAGAAAAGAAAAAUUUUAUCGCAGCAAAUAAAUCGAGCAUCAAACAUAUGAGACCUUUGAGGAACAAAGCUUCCCUCCAGACGAAUGGUUUACUGAGUACCAAAGAAUCACUGAAUUCUCCUAAUUCACGCUCAACUUCUUCUUUAGAACUCAAGGAAUUGAUCAGUAGGAUUUCUCUCGAGUCAAACAAUGAGCUGUUGAAAUCAUCAGCCAAAAAUUUGGAAAGUAAUGGAUGUCUUGUUCACGAUCCAAAUACUCCGAAACAAUAUGUUGAGAAGAAGAUUUUCACAACGAUUGAUGUCACUGAAGGUUUAGACCGGUUAGGAGUUCCACCUGAUCUUGUGAAAAUCCUAAAAAAGUAUCACAGUUAUCUGAAUGGAAAAUCGACUGAUAAUAAAGUGGUUGAUAAACGAGGCGAGAAGGCUACUGAUAGAUUUCUCACAGAAUUCCAGAUAAUGAAUAGAACUAGGCGGAAGGAAUCUACAAGAGAAAAACUUGACAGUCUAUGUGUAAAUUUUAUGCCAGUUCUAAAAGAAUCCUAUAACAAAAAUAUGGAUUUCAUUGAAUUGAGCAAGCUUAAAAUUCGGUACACAGACUUAGAUUCCACCUGUAAGCUUCUUAACAUACGAAACUUCAGUCCGGUGAAGAGGAAGAUUUCUCGAAUAAUUGAAAAUCGCUGUCAAAACAAUUUGGCUGGGCAAACCAGAACAUGGAAAUUCAAUGGGAUAUGGAAUGAAACGUAUAUCACAAGCUUGGAAGGAUUAUCACGUACCUGUUGCAUAAGAUAUGCGAACAAAAAUCAGCUUCUCAUGCUGUUUGAAUUCAUGCAAGGAAUCCAGCAAUUUAAAUAUCACACCAGUUUGAUAGAUUUACUGAUCAAUGACGUCAUACCUUCGGUAAGAGACACCAUGCAGCCCAAAAGCGAAGAAUAUGUCAAUGCCUAUAAAAUGAUAUCAAUGAUUUCCAAUAUUCUCCACAUGAAAGUUCCAGUUCUAGUCAGAACAGAUAAAUAAAGAUCCGUUGGAUAAUGCGUUGCUAAGGAAAUUAACUAGUUAUGGUUACCAUAUUGACCUAACAUUUCAAUAACUACAAUCUACCUAGACUGAAGUCGAAUCUCAGAAAUCUAACAGUACAACAGUGACAAAGGCACAUUAUGUACAAACGUCAAAUAAAAAUACGACCCGAACAAUGUAACUUCAUUUCAACUUUGAUAUUUUUUCACGUAAACUACUAGAAAUUUUAAAUAAAAGAAUAUUUUGUUAA